GCAGCGCCAUGUGGUUUUUACUUUUUAUAACCAAAAAAAAUAAAAGAAAAAAAACAGAGCGACUCAAUAGCAGGGAACCCACAGAAGGAGAGAACCGUCCCUUUUGCAGCUUGCUACGGCCACCGUUAACAAUGAACUUUCUUCGUAUUCGGAAAAUCCUAAAACCACUCUGAAUUUUUCAUUAGAUAUUCUACUUUUCGAUGUACAACAAGAACAGCGUAUCGAUCCCUAUCUCCGACCAUGAAUCCGACGAACAUGGUGGCGUGCGGGUUCAUACGCGACGGAAGCGUAAGAUAGUGAUUCACAGAGGAAACCACGACUUCAGAGAAAAAGUGUUGAGGAAGUUACUUAGACACUGGAUCCUAAUCAUCAUUCUUUUAGCUUCGGCUUUGUUUGUGUUCGAGGCCUUCACCAUUGGUCGCAAACCUGAUUCCACUGUCACCUCAGAGCUACGAACUCCAAAUAAAAAUGGUGGAAUAAACUCGCAACUUGCAUUGGGAAAGGAACCCCAACAUGACAAUUUGAAUCGGCUCGAUCCACCGCGUUGCUUGAAGCUUCUGCCAGUUGAAGAACUUGAACACCUUGAUAUUCCUGUGACAGAAGAGUCUAAUGGCCCUGUUAAUCAGGUUCUAUAUGUUUCAGAGGGCGAGUCUUCUUUUGUAGGACGGAAUGCUACCUUUUCUCUUGCGAGAUUUAAUUUGUUCACUGGAAAUCAAACAUUAGAGCAGAGAGAUACAAGUUUUGAGAUUAAGGAAUCUAUGAUGGUACAUUGUGGUUUCUACAGUUUAAAUGGAGGGUUUAAGAUAUCUGAUGAAGAUAAAACUUAUAUGCAAGCUUGCGAAGUUGUGGUUUCUACUUGUGCAUUUGGUGGUGGAGAUGAUCUCUAUCAACCUAUUGGGAUGUCAGAGGCCUCACUUAAGAAGGUCUGCUACGUAGCAUUCUGGGAUGAAAUCACCUUAAGAGCACAGGAAUUGGCAGACCACCGAAUUGGAGAAAAUGGAUUUAUAGGGAAAUGGAGAGUUGUGAUUGUGAGGGAUCUUCCUUUUGUUGAUCAAAGGCUGAACGGAAAAAUUCCCAAGAUGUUAAGCCACCGCCUAUUUCCUCAAGCAAAAUACUCUCUCUGGGUAGACUCAAAGUCCCAAUUUAGGAGGGACCCACUAGGUGUGUUGGAGGCACUUCUUUGGCGCCCACAUUCAGUAUUUGCCAUAUCUGAACAUGGAGCUCGUAGUAGUGUCUACGAUGAGGCUAAGGCUGUAGUCAAGAAAAAUAAAGCCAAGCCAGAGGAAGUUGAAGUGCAGUUGAACCAAUACCGCAAGGAUGGGUUGCCUGAAGUCAAAAGAUUUAUUGGAAAGAAAGCUCUGUGUGAAGCCUCUGUUAUCGUGAGGAAGCAUACGCCACUAACUAAUCUUCUGAUGUGCCUCUGGUUUAAUGAGGUGGUUCGAUUCACUUCUAGGGAUCAACUCAGCUUCCCAUAUGUCUUAUGGCGGCUUAAUGCUUUCAAAUACAUCAAUGCAUUCCCUGUCUGCACCCGCAAGGAUUUAGUCAACAGCAUGGGCCACAUCCGCAAGGCCAAGCCUUUGCAAUUACAAAGAUAGUUGAAUGGGGACGGCCUACAUGCAUUUAUCUUAACUCAUUCUUUAGUUCGUUCAUUUGAUUAGCCAUUUGAACUAGAUAUAUAUUUUUCUACCCUCAUCUCUCGCUUGAUCAUUCAAUAUUCGGUGUAUGGUUAUAAUUUGGAGAAAUUGUUCCAUGAUCAUUGAGGUUGAAUAUGUUUCAUCACCAUUUAUUAGAUGACAUUUUUAUCUUGAUUAGUUGAUUAGAGCACAUUUACGUUGAUGUACCAUUACCACAUAAGUAUUUACAUAAUAUGUGAUGUGUCCGUUUUAACUCGGACUAGCACCCUCAAAGUAAUGGCAUAUGAUUAUAACUUGGUUACGAAAUAUACAUUUAUUCUAGUUAUAAAUCCUAAAAGAAAGGUUGAGCAUAGUUAUAAAAUCGACUUGAGUGAAAAGUAACACUGCACAUGCUUAUUUUGACGUUUGAGUGUCUUUUGCAGGUACUCCGGGCAUUCUGGAAGUAGGAACCGGAGAGAUAUUGGCUCAUAGGACUCUACCUCGGAGCAACAAGUAAAGUAACAAUUUGUUUUCUUUAUUUUUUGAAACAAAGGAGCUCAACACCAAAGUGGAGCAAGAAACAGAAUCAAAAGAUUAAAACAGACAGAAACUAACUAACAGCUUACAAAACCAAACAACCCCAUGUCAUCUUCGGCAUAGCCAUCAACAAUCGCGAGUUUGAAGCUCGUCACAGUCAUUCAAUCCCAGAAUCCUACUCGGAAUACCACAAACAAGGUUUAAACUUUCCGGAUUUUCAUGAAUGCCACCAUCAAUUCUAGCUUAUACCACGAAGACUCUGAUCUCACGAAAUGGAAGGCUCGGUUGUCAGGCGAGGGCAACCAUGCAUUGUGCAUCAGAAAUCUAAGAGAUAUACACUCUAGCUUUCGCUUGUAGAACGGAAGUGGUUGUCAGGCACGCCUUCAUAGGGAUAGAUGAUGAUGAGUGUCACGGAUCAUCACAUCCAUCAGGUUGAAGUACGAGUAGUAUCUUAGAACAGAAAUAAGAUUGAAUUUGAAUAAAAGAUGGUAGUAAUUGCAUUAAAACUCGAGGUACAGUAGAGCUCCACACCCUUAAUCUAUGGUGUGUAGAAACUCUACCGUUGAAAAUACAUAAGUGAUGAAGGUUCAGGCAUGGCCGAAUGGCUAGCCCCCAAAACGUGAUCAAUAGUCUCCUAAGAUGAAUAAUGGAAUAAAACCGAGACCAAAGAUGUAACGUGGUCAAAAGACACUGAAUACAAUAGUAAAAUCUUCUAUUUAUACUAGACUAGCUACUAGGGUUUACAGAAGUAAGUAAUUGAUGCAGAAAUUCACUUCCGGGGCUCACUUAGUGUGUGCUUGGGCUGAGCUUGAUCUUUACACGAGU